ACAUCUGGGAACUAGUUAUGUCACCCGGGCAUUUUAUUUUCCUGAACAGUAAGAGAAAGCAUCGUUUUCUUUCGCUAAGCCCGCAUCCUCUGAUGGAUGUUCCGAAACCGCCAGGUGUGGAAUCUGCUCCCCGACAGCCCCACCUUGGCCCUCGGCCGCGGGAGGACGCCAACCCUUGGGGCGAUUCCCCACACACAUUGUGCACGAAUUCACCCUGCCUGGCCAGCCGAGAUCACGCAGGGAAAAAGCACCCGCGACCACAGGGUGUUGGUCAUGGCGGCCAGGGGCACUGCGGCAGAAUUUUUUCCUCCCUUCUUUGCUGCAAUCUGGGUGCGGCUAGAGCAAUUUGUCAUAGAAUCUGGGGGGCUCAUUUUUCCGGCCAAUCACUUUUAGAGAAAUGAGCGCAUUGCAGCAGAAUGCGCUGACGUCAGAGACCACCCCUUCUGCGCCUCCAUAUAAACCCCACCCAGCCAGCCACUAGCGCAGACGGCGGAGAGCGGAGAAGGAGCGCGCCUUGGCUCGCUGGCCUUGGCUGCGGCUCCUCGGGAGAGCUGGGGCGCCCACGCGAGGAUCCCUCACCUGGGUCUCUCCUCAGGGAUGACAUCAUCCAUCCACCUCCUUGUCUUCAAGGACCACCAACUGUCCAUGCCGAGCUGCUGCCAAGGGGCCUGCUGCCCAUCUACACCUCACGAGGGCACUAGGAGCACAGAUUCCUGGAUCCCACCAGCAUACAAGGCAGCCACUGACAGACCCCCAGGACCAGGAUGGCAAAGGAUGAAGAGGACCAGAACUGACCAGCCUGCUGUCCCUCUUGCCCAAAGACUUAAACCGAUGCCCUAGUGAGGGGGCAUUGGGUGUUAAGCCCUGACCUUUGCUGUGUUCAUGCUUUGACUCUAUGAGUACUUUCCUAUACAUCUUUGCUUGUGUUCACCUGCUAGCAAACUGGAGUGCUUCCCUCCCCAAGGGGGUGUCAGUCUUUCUCGACUGUCUCUGUCAUCACCCUUACGAUGUCCUAAAUGGAAGGAUCCCUUUGGGAAUUUCUCAGGAGGGGGACCUGGGCCGAGGGCUUGACCAGCAUCUUGCUGGCAACUCCAAGGCCCUGGGUGGGCUUCUGGAAUGAGCAUGCUACUGAAUCACCAAAGGCAUGCCCUGCCUCUCUGGAGAUCUUUCUGUCCUUUUCUGGGGAAUGGGGUCGAUGGGAGCAACCUCCUAGGGUUGUUGUGAGAAUUAAAUGAGGUUAAAGAAGCCUCAGGCAGGAUCUGGCAUAGAGGAGGUGAGCAGCAAAUGUUUGUUGAAAAGGUUUGUCAGGUCAGUCCCUUCCCACCCCUUUUGCUUGUCUUACUCAUCCUGUUUAUUGUCCAGCAGCACUCCAGGCAGCCCUUGUCCACGGGGCUCUCCUUGCAUCAGGUAGGGGCUUGCAGAGACCACCGGCGGGCUGACUUGAGUAAGAACACGAAUUAUGCAUGUGGCCAUUUCCAGAGCACUUUCUAUGUGACAUGAACAUGUGGUUUUUAUGUACUGUGUGUAUGUAACUGACAGGUGACAAUGCAUUUGGUAGUAUUGAUUCGUGUAAUUUAAAAAAGCUGAAAGGGAAAGAGGACCUGUGAGGACUUACAUUUACAUUAAAGAAACUGAAACUUGGGGGAAGAUGUGAGUAUUUGGUCACAUUGCUGGCAAGAGAAGGGGUCUGAGUUGGCCCCAGGGUGCCAUGGUAGCUGCCCUCACCCCCUCUUCCUCUCUGUCCCAGAGUUAUACUAAGAGUCUUUUUGUUUUAAACCAAACGUUUGACAACGGGACAGUCUGUUUGAAAUCCCAGCUGCCUGGGGUGGGCUUGGGGGUCUGGGUGGCCCCACUGCUGGUACCAUGCGUUGGCUUCACCUUUUAAUAAUGGUGUGACCUUAAACAAGUCGCUUAACUUCUCUAAGUUUCAGUUUCUUUCAUGGUCUAAAUGGAGAUGAAAACACAUACACCCCCCCCCCCACACACCCCACCACACACCCCCGGGUGUAUCUACCCCACAGGGCGCUUUUGAAGACCAAAUGCUGUAAGUACUAUGAAAGUGCUUUGUAAAUUGCUGUGGAAAUUGCAAGCUACUUAAACACCCGAGGCUGUCCCUCCUUGCUCCCAUGUCCAGGCCUAUUCCGCCUUAGUGAGAACAGCACCCGGUAGGUGCUAUGUACAUUUGUGUUCAUUCAGAAAUUCCAGAAUAACUAAAAGCGAAUUAAUUCAACAAACGUUUUCUGGAGCACCGACAAUAUGUGCAGCGCACCAGGCAUCUGAUGCAAAGAUCGUGAAAACGGGCUCUUGGAACCUAACUGGGGUCCUGGUUUGACCAGCACUCUCUUUGGUCCCCCUUUAAACCGACCAGUUUUGUCCGGACAAGACAAAAACUACGUGGGCUGCCUUAGAGAAAUCCCACUCGCUGCGGACAAUGGCCGCCCGGCCUCUGAAAGGCGCUGAUUGGAUUAUGUGGCAAAUGGAGGUGCGAGGAUGACUUGCACGGUGACAAAUGAAGUGGGCGGAGACCUGCUUUGAGUUAAUCCGGGCUAUUAGGAGGGGACCUUUUGUCUUCCAGAGACUGGCAGGAGCUUUUUACCAGUGGUUUUUAUAUCCUUAAAGUUCAGGACACAUAAUUUAUGGUUGGUGAAAAUCCAGGCCCCAGUGAGAUUCGAGUGGGCUCUCCAGUGAGUAAUGGCAGGGAAUGUUUCGGUCACUUUUUGCAAGCGUCCAUUCAUUUGAUCCUCACAACUCCCUGUCCUGAGCCAGGGCCGGCCUGCCACUCCCAGGGAAACAGAGGCUGUCAAGCGCUUGCAGGUUAGGUGUCCUCACUGGCCCAUUGAGCCCCCACUGCCUGAGUUCCAGAGGAAGCAUUGUACCUCCCUCAGCCCCAGCCUCCUCCAGAGGCUUCCCUCUGCAUUUCUGACUUCGCUCUGCCUGCAGCCUGGAGCCUCCCAGGUCCCUGCUGUCAUCUUUUCUAGCCGCUACAGUCUCUGUCUUUCCUUUCACAGCCAAGCUUCUUGAAAGGCCUGCCCACAUUUGCUGUCUUCCCUCCUCACCUCCAAUUUCCUCUUCAACCCACUGCUUCCUGACUCGCUCUACUCCGUGGAAGGGCUCUCACCAAGGUAAAGACUUUUCUGUGGCUUAACCCGCAGCACGUUUGCCACUCAUGGACACAAGGACGCGUUUCCAUUCCUUCUGUCACAGGUCUCUGCGGCGCCGGUUCACUCCUGUGCACUUACACUCCCCUUCACAGAGACACCUGCUCCUCCUCCUCCCGUUCUUAGCACCCCUAGGAACUUGCAUACCCAGGACACCCUCAUGGGGGGGACUGACCCCGUACGGGGUGUAGACAGCAUAGUAAGAAGCAGGUUCCAGAGUCAGGAGUCACUGAUCUGGGUUCGAGUCCUAGUUAAACUGCUCGGUGCUGCGACCUUGGAGUCGGUAAACUUUUCCAAGCCAGGUUUAUCUCACUUUUAAAAUAGGGUUAGUCAUCUUUAUCUGGCAGGUCAGGUGGGAUGUCUCCCAGGUAAGCGCCAGGUGCUGUUUGAAGGACUUUGAGGCAAAGUCAAUAAGGCAUUCGUGAGAAAAUACGACUGGAGAUUUCACUAGAUUUUUGUAGACAUGAAGUUCCCACGGGGCGACCAGAGAGAGAAGAAAGAAGUGGAGAGGGGUUGGCGGUGGGGUGUGCAGGGCAGACAGGAGGAGAGAAACAAAGGCAUUAAAGAGAAAACAAGUCAGAAAAGGAGGCUUAGAGAUAUUAAAAGCCACCAAAAACACAUCCAAAGGCGGUUUCCCCUUACGUUCGGUUUGGCUAAAAGAAAGCAAACAGGAAGAAGGUUUUAAAGUGAUUAUCCCAAGGACAAGUCCCAGGAAGCUUUCACAUCAAAUCACCCUAUUUUGGUUUUUUCACUUCUUCCAUCGAGUUUAACCUCUUUACCCCUCACAUCCUGGUAAACCCUGCCCCUCCCCACCAUCCCCUCGGCUGGUGAUUAACUCCCCCGACGGUACCCGGAGUAUUUCAGUGAAUGAAUGGCUAACAGAAAAGGGCCUCCCCUCCCCCUUACCCCGGCGGUGUUUUUCAGUUUUAUUCCACUUUCCACCCUUUUCCCUUAAUGAACACAGGCUAAUCUCAGGCCUUGUCGAAGGAAGAGGCAGCAGACGUUAAUGAGGUUAGCUGCUGGAUUCCAAUAUUCGUCGCAUAAGGAGCCUUCUUUGUCUGUGAAGGAAAAACACACUGAUUAUCAUCAUGAGGUGAACUGGCCAUCGCCGGGCAGGGGCGGCGUGGCUUCUUAAGCGACACUUCUAAUUUUGGUGCCGGAGCUGACGUUUCUUUUGCUCCUCAUUUAAGUCUUUGCCUCUGUCCCAGUGUGAAGUCCGUUCAGUGGGGUUGAAAGUGGCAGGCAGCUUGGGGAAAGGGGCUGUGGACAGAAUUCCAUGGUAGAAAGCUGCUUUGUUUGAUCCUUCGUGCAGAUGCAACUGGCCAUUCGCUCUCCAAGAGCUGAGGAUGAGGGGGUCCUCUCAGGACCCACGGAGGACACCCAAAACUCACUCAAGAUUAACCAGUGGUAGGAAAGCACUAACUGCUAGGCAUAGCCCUAGGGGAGUGACCACAGGGUGAAUACCCGUGGAAUCCCCAGCCAGGUGAAGAAGUGAAUGUUGGCAUCCCAGAGGGCCCCCUUAAGAGCAUAGUUUGGGGUUCAGGUUUGACUUCAUACUGAUGAAGUUGGGGUGCAGGCGGGGGCUAGUGAUUUGUCAGGAUCAAGCAGCAGAGAGGAGAUUAAAACUCACAUCUGGUGUCAGAACUUGUGUUCUGAUUGGCCUCUUACCACGCUCACCCAUGUGUCCUGUGCCCUGCCUGAACCCUCAUCCUCCGUGUCCUGAUCUUUGAGCUUCCUGGAGCCCACUGAUGUCUUUAGAGCAGGUGUGUCCCGAGUCUGAAUCAUUCGCUUAUUUGUCCCUCGAUCUGGGUGUUUCUCACCCCAAGGCAGAUCAAUCAUGAUUAGAUCACUCCAAUUAAACCUUAGGCUCCAGUCGGACCUUCAGCCAAAUGGAAAAAAACUAGGGUAUAAGGGAGGAAGUGAGAGCAAGAAAAUGAUAUUCCUUGAAACCUUAAGGGACUUUACUUAGUGAAUCUGUUGGCUAAAGGUUCUCUGACAUCGUGAGUUAAAAUUGGAUACUUUUUCCAAGUUAGCAAAACCAACUCUAGCCCAGCAUCCCAGAAAAAAGAAUGAGGAAAGAUCUCCCCUUGGCCGGCUGGAGCAAAAGCCUGAGGCCAUCCUCCAGCCCUUUUGUCAAGGCGAGACUUUCGCAGUGACCCACUCUGUCUAGGGGAGCGUUGGGACUGGGGUGGACUGGGGUGUAGACCUCUGAAACUGAGAUCACAUGAAAACCCAGCCCCCUCCCAUGUAGCUGUUGGAGAAUAGAAAAACAGCACACCUGACGUUUCUAGAUGAGAAUACUUUCAAUAGUAAUGAAGAAUCCUCACCCUCAAAUACAGGACCCGAAGCCGUACUCCAGGAACCCUGCAGACAUUUGCGAGCCUGGAGAGGGUCUGGAAGAAAUCAGCUGGCCCCGGGCAGGUUCUCUGCAGUUCCUCCUACAGAACAGUGCUGGGCCAAUAAACUUUCAAAAGUUAUCCCCCCACAUCCCCAUCCUGCUUGGGUCUCUGGACUUUUCCGAGGCAUUGGCAGAGGGGUCUCACUGCUCCCUUGAGUGUAGGGGUGCCAUCAAAGUUAUCUCCUGGAAACGGGGAAGAUGCAGCUUAGACAGAUGGGAAAGGAGGCGCAUGGCCAGGGAGUGUCCCCACUGGAUUCCUCUAAGAGCCAAAUGCUUUUUCUGCUUGUUGCCUUCUCUAUCCUCUCUCAAUGUCUCCUUCUCUCCCUUCCCAAUUCCUGACUUGGCCCUCCUAGGAUGCCCUUGGCCAGCCCCACAGCCCCACACCUCCUCAGGGUGUCCCAGCGCCAGCCUGGCACAGAAUGGGGCUCAGUUAGAGUAUGUGGGAUGUUGGUUUCUCCAGGCGACUGAAUGA